AUGUAUUCUCACCGUUCUAUCGUGCCAUCUGCCGGCUCCCAAGGCCCUCCCUCUGGUCCACCUCCCCCUGGUCCAGGUGGCGCUGGCCCUUCACAGGCAGCGGCCGCUGCCGCUGCUGCUGCCGCCGCCGCCGCAGCACAGCAAGCGCCCCAUCCAGGUGGUCCAGUAGCCGGCGGACCCGGUGGCCCGGCGCCAACCGGUCCGCCUGGUGCUGCUCCUGGUCCGCCCGGCGCUGCUCCUCCUGCUGGAGCUCCUCACACCGGCUCAGCUAGACUUGCCGACCUGCUCGACUUUGUGCGUCACGAAUUCGACCUUCUUGGAAAUGACACGGCCCAAUUCAAAGCGCAACGCGACGAAAUGGAACACAGAGUCACAUCGCAAGUGAGUGAAGUCAACAUGAUGCAGACUCACUUUUACGAGCUCGAGAAGCGUCACACCCAGAUCAUCCAACAAUACGAAGAAGAGGUCAAGCGUCUUCGUAGCAUUCUCGAUUCCAGAGGUCUUUCUUCAGAACACGGCGCAGCUUCAGCAACCGGCCCUAUGAGCGGCCCUCCGCAUCUUCCUGCUUCCGCCACUUCGGGCCCAUUGCCGAUUGCCUCAGCUGGUGGACCGCCCCCUCCCGGUGGCCCAGGCGGGGCUGGUUCCGCCGCCAUGUUUGGUCCCAACGGCAACGGCGCUCUCGGCGGUCCUGGCUCCGAGUACGGACGCGGUCCCAAUGGCUUCGAUCGAGAGCGUGAACCGCCUCGCGGCCCUACACCCGGCGGCAAAGACUCGAAACGCAUGCGCGUCGAAGGUCCUGCAUCGCACUACAGUGGACCUCCCAGCCCUGGACCAGAACGGGAACGCGAUUGGAUCAAGAAGGAGGAACGCGGCGAUCGCGGACCGCCUCCUCGUGCCGACGAAAAGUGGGAUCGCGACCAGCGCGUUGGCGGAGGUGCCCAUCUCGGACCUGGUCCCGUGCAGUCUCCGCACGGUGCUCCGCCUCUGCCUCCAUCAAACUUGUACAACCGUGACAUGCACCGCGAUGCAAGGGAUCGAGACUCGCGACCCUCUGAAGUGGCUAGCGCCGACUCUCCUGGAGCUGCCGCAGCAGCUGCUGGCAACGUCACGCUCGCUAGCUUGAGCGACAUGGAUCCGGACGAGAUUCCCAAAGAGCUCAAAAAGGAAGGUCCCGAUUGGCUCGCGAUCUUCAACCCCAAAGUCAAGCGUACGCUCGAUGUCAACCUCGUCCACACUUUCCUACACGAAUCUGUCGUUUGUUGCGUUCGAUUCUCGGCUGAUGGCAAAUAUCUGGCCACAGGAUGCAACAAGUCUGCGCAGAUCUUUGACACCAAAACCGGAGCCAAGACGUGUGUCCUUACAGAUCAAUCUGCCAACUCCAAGGGAGACUUGUACAUCCGCUCGGUCUGUUUCAGUCCCGAUGGCAAAUGUUUGGCUACGGGAGCUGAGGACCGACAAAUUCGGAUUUGGGAUAUUGGCAAGAAGAAGGUCAAGCAUCUCUUCUCGGGUCACAAGCAAGAGAUUUACUCGCUCGACUAUAGCAAGGAUGGCAGAAUCAUUGCAAGUGGAUCCGGAGAUAAGACGGUGAGGAUUUGGGAUGUGGAGAACGGUCAGCUGUUGCAUACGCUGUAUACCUCACCUGGAUUGGAGCAUGGGCCUAGUGAGGCUGGCGUUACAAGCGUCAGUAUCAGCAGCGAUAACCGGCUGGUUGCUGCCGGUGCGCUGGACACGUUGGUGCGCGUCUGGGAUGCGCAGACGGGAAAACAGCUGGAGCGACUCAAGAGUCAUAAGGAUUCGAUCUAUUCGGUCAGCUUUGCACCGGAUGGCAAGAGCUUGGUUUCGGGAAGUCUGGAUAAGACGCUCAAGCUGUGGGAUCUGACGGGGACAGCCAAGGCGGUACAGGAGAAUCGCGCCGAGGAGAAGGGAGGCCACGCAAACUGUGCGACCACUUUUGUGGGUCAUAAGGACUACGUGUUGAGCGUCAGCUGCAGUCCUGAUGGCCAGUGGGUAGCGAGCGGCAGCAAGGAUCGUGGUGUUCAGUUCUGGGAUCCUAAGACGGCACAGGCACAGUUUGUUCUUCAGGGACACAAGAACUCAGUGAUUGCCAUCAACCUCAGUCCAGCAGGCGGCCUCUUGGCGACCGGAAGCGGCGACUUCAACGCCAGAAUCUGGAGCUACGACCGCAUCUCGAAUUGA